AUGGUGAGAAAAUCUUCAUUCAUUCUUUAAUUCUUACAGAUUAAUUAGAUAAGUAACUGGAAAUCAUCUUGAUAAGAGAUCCUGAAGACCUAUCACAUUUAAUAUUUGCAAAAGUGACUGGAUUAUUUCAUACUGUAAUAGUCUUAAAUCCCUCUAAGGUGUAGCUUGUUUUUUAUGUUUUCCCUCCAGCUUCUCCUCAUUCUCUUUUACAUGCACCAUUUAAAAUAAAACCAAUAAGCCUGAACUUGUUUUUGCAGCGUGAGUGUAUUUCUGUGCAUGUUGGCCAAGCUGGAGCCCAGAUAGGCAAUGCAUGCUGGGAGCUGUAUUGCCUAGAGCAUGGCAUUCAGCCUGAUGGACAGAUGCCCAGUGAUAAGACCAUUGGAGGAGGAGAUGACUCCUUCAACACCUUCUUCAGUGAGACCGGAGCUGGCAAACAUGUUCCACGUGCUGUCUUUGUGGACCUGGAGCCAACAGUCAUUGGUAAGAUGAUGAGAUAAUUUAAUGUUUCUAUCAAAUAUUCUUUAUACACAAAAUAGUGUAUAGUUUAAAAUGUUAUUUCCAUUUACAAUAAAGAUGAAGUCCGGACUGGAACCUACCGCCAGCUUUUUCACCCUGAGCAGCUGAUCACUGGAAAGGAAGACGCGGCCAAUAACUAUGCCCGAGGUCACUACACCAUCGGCAAGGAGAGCAUUGACUUAGUUCUUGACAGGAUUCGUAAACUGGUGAGUUGCAGUAGAGAGCGUUUUACAUAACUUUUAUUGUCGUCAGCCGCUGUGUAUCAAUCAUUUGCUUUCCUGCAGGCUGACCAGUGCACUGGACUCCAGGGUUUCCUCAUCUUCCACUCCUUUGGAGGAGGGACUGGCUCUGGCUUUACCUCUCUCCUGAUGGAGCGUCUCUCUGUUGACUAUGGUAAAAAGUCAAAGCUAGAGUUUGCCGUUUAUCCAGCCCCCCAGGUGUCCACAGCCGUGGUGGAGCCCUAUAACUCCAUCCUGACCACCCACACCACACUGGAGCACUCUGACUGUGCCUUCAUGGUGGACAACGAGGCCAUCUAUGACAUCUGCCGCAGGAACCUGGACAUUGGGCGCCCCACCUACACCAAUCUCAACAGGCUGAUUGGACAGAUCGUGUCCUCCAUCACAGCCUCCCUUCGCUUCGAUGGAGCUCUGAAUGUGGACCUGACAGAGUUCCAGACCAACCUGGUGCCUUAUCCUCGAAUCCACUUCCCUCUGGCCACUUAUGCCCCUGUGAUCUCUGCAGAGAAGGCCUACCAUGAGCAGCUGUCCGUGGCUGAAAUUACAAAUGCCUGCUUUGAGCCUGCAAAUCAGAUGGUGAAAUGUGACCCUCGCCAUGGCAAGUACAUGGCAUGCUGCCUGCUGUACCGUGGAGAUGUGGUGCCCAAAGAUGUCAACUCUGCAAUUGCCACCAUCAAAACUAAGCGUACCAUCCAGUUUGUGGACUGGUGUCCCACAGGUUUCAAGGUGGGCAUCAACUACCAGCCCCCCACUGUAGUUCCUGGAGGAGACCUGGCUAAGGUGCAGAGAGCUGUGUGUAUGCUGAGCAACACCACAGCCAUUGCUGAGGCCUGGGCCCGCCUUGACCACAAGUUUGACCUGAUGUACGCCAAGAGGGCCUUUGUCCACUGGUAUGUAGGAGAGGGGAUGGAGGAAGGAGAGUUCUCAGAGGCCAGAGAAGACAUGGCUGCACUGGAGAAGGAUUAUGAAGAGGUGGGCACAGACACUGUUGGAGAGGAAGGAGAAGAAGAGGGGGAGGAAUACUGA